UAGAGGCCGGAUGGGGUCGGGGCCCGUGAUGGCGGCGGAAGAGGCGGAUGUGGAUGUGGAAGGGGACGUGGUGCCCGCGGCGGCACAGCCCGGAAGUGAUGAAAAUACAGCAUCUGCUUUACAACAAGAUUACUACCUUGAUUCAUCGUGGAGAACUCAGAAUGGUUUUAUUCCUUGGACUCUGGAUAGCACCAUCAGUGAAGAAAACAGAGCUGUCAUUGAGAAAAUGUUGUUGGAAGAAGAGUAUUAUUUGUCUAAAAAAUCACUUCCAGAAAAAUUCUGUCUUGAUCAAAAGGAAGAUCAUAAAAAAUAUAUGAAAAGUGUGCAGAAAACAGCAAAAAUCAUGGUACACUCUCCUACAAAACCAGCCAGUUACUCAGUAAAGUGGACGAUAGAAGAAAAAGAGCUGUUUGAACAAGGGCUGGCUAAAUUUGGCCGAAGGUGGACCAAAAUUGCAAAGGUAGUUGGAAGUCGCACUGUUUUACAAGUGAAGAGUUAUGCCAAACAGUACUUUAAAAAUAAGGUAAAAUUAGAUGGUCCAGAGAAGGAAACACCAGAUCAGAAGAACGGCAGUGAUCUUCAGAUUAAAAAUGAAGAUGAAGGCACAGAGGCGUGGACACCAUCAGGUUUAAGGGGACGUGCCGAUCCCAACUUGAAUGCUGUCAAAAUUGAAAAGUUAUCUGAUGAUGAGGAAGUAAACAUCACAGAUGAGGCAGAUGAGUUGACUGCUCAAGCUCCCCAAAAGAAUCCUAGCAGUGAUUUUUUAUUAGACAUUCCUAAUAGUAAACAUCAUGAAACCAGUCAAGUAGAGGUCAUUGCUUCUGACAGCCAGGAAGAUCCCAUUUCUAAAUCUUCUAAGGAAUAUCUUCAGAAUAUAAAGCAAGGUGAGAUGGAAACACUUUCAAGCUCAGGAAUUUCAUUUUGGACUGAAAAACAGAGCACAAGUGACAAAAAAUCAGUUGAAUUAAAUGAUCAGAAAUGUAAUAAACUGAUGAAGAACUGUGAUAAGCAUGAUGGAAAUGGAGUAACAGAUGAUGCCAGGCACUUGCCUUCUCCAGAGCCUUGUGAGGCUCAGAAAGAUUUGAGUGAUAAUGAAAUGCUUUUUCAUUCUUCCUGCCAAGUGGAGGAGGAGAGCCAUGAGGAAGAAGAGCUGAAGCCACCAGAACAAGAAGUAGAAAUAGAUAGAGAUGUCAUUCAAGAAGAAGAAAAGCAAGCAAUUCCUGAGUUUUUUGAGGGGCGACAAGCUAAAACACCAGAACGCUAUUUGAAAAUUAGGAAUUACAUUUUGGAUCAGUGGGAGAUAUGCAAACCGAAAUACUUAAAUAAGACCUCAGUACGUCCUGGCCUGAAGAACUGUGGGGAUGUUAAUUGUAUUGGACGGAUUCAUACAUACCUCGAGUUGAUAGGAGCAAUCAAUUUUGGAUGUGAGCAGGCUGUGUAUAGCAGGCCGCAGCCGGUCGGUAAAGUUCGGAUCCGGGACAGGAAAGAGGCAGUGGAAGCGCGCCAGCUCGCCCAGCGUCUGCAGUCCAUGCGCACAAGGAGACGUAGGGUCCGAGACCCCUGGGGAAAUUGGUGUAAUGCAAAAGACUUAGAAGGACAAACAUUUGAGCAUCUCUCUGCUGAGGAGUUGGCGAGAAGAAGAGAAGAGGGAAAAUGCAAGCCUGUUAAAUCUUCAAAAGGGCCAAGACCAACAAAAAGCUCAUUUGAUCCCUUCCAACUGAUACCUUGUAAUGUUUUCAGUGAAGAAAAGCAGGAGCCAUUUCAGGUGAAAGUGGCUUCAGAAGCACUUUUAAUAAUGGAUUUGCAUGCUCAUGUUUCUCUCGCAGAAGUGAUUGGUCUGUUAGGAGGAAGAUACUCAGAAGUUGAUAAGAUAGUUGAAGUGUGUGCAGCGGAACCGUGUAACAGUCUGAGUACAGGCCUCCAGUGUGAGAUGGACCCAGUCUCACAAACGCAGGCCUCCGAAGCCCUGGCUCUACGAGGGUGCAGCGUCAUUGGAUGGUAUCAUUCUCACCCUGCCUUCGAUCCUGAUCCCUCUCUACGAGAUAUUGACACUCAAGCCAAAUACCAGAGUUACUUCUCCAGAGGCGGUGCAAAGUUCAUUGGAAUGAUUGUUAGUCCUUAUAAUCGGAACAAUUCUUUACCAUAUUCCCAGAUCACCUGCCUGGUUAUAAGUGAUGAAAUUAGCCCAGAUGGCUCCUACCGUUUACCGUACAAAUUUGAAAUACAACAGAUGUUAGAAGAACCUCGGUGGGGAUUAGUGUUUGAAAAGACAAGAUGGAUAAUAGAAAAAUACCGGCUAUCCCAUAGCAGCAGUGUCCCCAUGGAUAAAAUCUUUCGCCGGGAUUCUGACCUGACUUGUUUGCAGAAACUUUUGGAGUGUCUGAGGAAAACUCUGAGCAAAGUGACCAAUUGCUUCAUUGCUGAAGAAUUCUUGACUCAAAUAGAAACUUUAUUCCUUUCCAGUUAUAAAAGCAAGCAGGAGAAUGGAGUGGCUGAAGAGAACUCUACUGUGGGUCCAAAGGAAUUAUUGAUGUAAUUAUUUUAAAGUAAGGCAUUUUAAUCUUGACAUAAAAGAUCCUACUUUCAAAGUUAUAACCUUGACAUUAUUGUGGUUAACCGUGGCACAGCUUUGAUGUCUUUUCUCUAGUUCACAAAAUCCCAACUUUGCCAUGUAAAUCAUGUGACAAGAAAGAGAGAAGGACUAGUUUCCCUAGAGUCAGGAUGAGAGCGCGUGUGAACCCGGUCUCCUGUGGCGCUCUGUCCCUCCGUGGCCUGUGCGCAGCGUGGUCGGCUCUGAGGCCGUCUGCUCUCCUGUUGUACUCAGGGUGAGCCGAACGGGCCUCUGACUUUGACUUCUCCCCGAACUAGUCAUUCCAUUUUGGUGUCUCCUGUUUCAUUAGGAGCACUCAUGCUUUCUACAUGUUUGGUGAGAUUGGUUUAUGGCCGCAAAUGAGAUCUGGAUGGGUGGUCACUGAGGUAAUUAAAAAUCUGACAGUAUGCUACGGGAGGCCAGGGGACGGGGACGGAGAAAAAUCUUCAAAAUAGAAAAGAGACCCAAAGAAGAGAAUCACAUUACCAGUUUUUUAAUUACACACAUUUUUGCUUCCAUUUUACUUUUUAAUAAUAGGAUAGGACGUGCCAUUUUCUUAGCUAUCUGAAACAUUCUGUAUGGAUUUCAGAUACAUAAAAUAAUUAGAUCCGACUGUGUGUCCACUUACAUAAGCGUAUGUGAUAAAACCUCGUUUAACUGCAAGACAGGUAAUCAUAACCCUCAAACGAGAUUUUUUUCCUACUGCCUGCUAUCAGGAGAAAGAGACAAACUGCAACAAAACUCAAAUAUCAGAGAUUUAAUUUUAAAAACAAGAAAGCCUUCCAGGACACACUACAUAUUCAGCCCAGUUUCAUGUACUUUGUGAAUCUAGAAUAGAGGUCAGCAAGCUUUUUAUAUAAAGGGCAGUUAAUCAGUAAUUUAGGCUUUGCAGGCCACAUACUGUCUCUGUCAGACCACAACCCGUUAGACGUGUAAAACCACUCUUAGCUCAUGAGCCUCACAAGAAACAGGUUGCUGGUCCUUAUCUUCCAACCUCUGCUCUCAAGAAUUGCGAACAUUGAGCAUUUAUUUUCAGAUGCAUGAGCCUUCGACACUGAAAGGUCUUGCAUCAUCUUCAAAUAACAACAAAACUCAAAAUUGUGAUUUACGUUUACGUACAUUUUCAAAUAGAAGUUAGCAGUCAUGCUGCCUGAUUUUUUUCUAAUAGAUUUUAGUUUAUUUCUAUUAACCGUAGAAUUGAUUUAUACCCAUUCUCCAAGCAUUCUUAUUAAUAACAGUUUUAUUACAUUUAUUCUGGGUUUAAUUCUGUGUUUUUCCCCUUUUUUGGUUCUCAUCAAUAGCCGAGGCAGAAUAUGGCAGCAUUGGAAGGGGCAGCAAGCCAGUGUUAGGCGGCCUGGGUCUUGACGCAACCUUGUUAUUUUGGGAGAUAGUUUACCUUCUCUGGGCCUAAAUUCUUCGGUAACUGAGCUCAGAAUUAUCUUCCUAGCAUCCUUCCAGAUCUAAAAUCGUAUGGUUCAUUCUAAUUGUCAGACAACUCACCUGGAACUUUAUAUUUUGAGAUGGUACAGUUCUCAAGUUAACAAAUAUAUUUAAAGAAAACUGGUAGUAUUUUCCAUUUCUCUAUAUGCAUUUAAGAUAAACAAUGAAACAUAACUUAUAAAGCAAUUACUUUUGGGACCAGGCAUGUAAGAGGCUGUAGACCAAAAGCCAGGAAACCUGAGUUCUGGCCCUGAUUCUCUGGCCAGCCUUGCUGUGUGACAGGGAUAAAGCACUUACACUGCCUGGGCCUCAGGUCUUCGCCUGUGACUUGCAGGUCUGAGUUUGAUGGCUUAGGGUUUCCUUCCAUGUGAGAAAGCCUGUGACACUGUAACGGGUACUAAUUCACUCCUUUGUGCUCUGCCUUUUCACAUAGUUUCCUCAUUGUACAUCAGGGACAGAUCCUAAAGAGUGGUAUUAAUUACUUUCUUGAUGGAUGUUUGCCUAUCAUAUUGAUGAACUUGGGUGAUUGAAAAUAGUGGAAAUUGUUAAAAGUUCUGUUCUCAAAUCCUCUGCGUGCCGGUGGGUACCCUGUUUACUAACCUAAGCUGUGCUGUGAGGAACUCAGAUGGAAACCCUCAAAGUCUAGAGUUUUGAAAGCCCCAUUUUUAAAAUAAUAUUUACUGAGUGUUUUUUUCUGAUUAUAGAGUACACUUAGCUUAUAAAAUUUUUUUUAAAAAAUAGAGAAGCAUAAAUUAAAAAACAAUCUCAAUCUGCCUAUCUAGAAAAGCACAGUUAACAUUUUAGUAUAAACCCUUCCCCCUUGUUUUUGGAGCAUGUAAUUUAGAACAUUGAAAGCCGGUGUUUUCCUUCCUCAUUCAUUCUCCCUGCUUCCUUUUUUAUCUUACCAUAUUCUUAAGACAUGUUUGCAGCUACAGGUGCCCGCAUUCCUGUCACUGCCCGCCUUGGGGUGCUGACAGCAGCGGGAGCCAGGCCUUGGAGAAGCACAGAGGGGUCGAGAACGGAGCGGCAGGGUGCUGCAGGAAGUCCAGGAGGCAGGUCUCAGGAAAACCUACCUCUAGGAAUGUUCACAGGAGUAGAGAUAGGACCGGAAAACAUCCGGGUCUCUUCAUCCUCACGUGGUUCUUACUGUUGCACGAAGACAGUAGUGAACGUAGUUCUUUUUCUAGCUUGGCUAGGGGAAAUUGACACUAAUACUUUGCCAGUAUUAGACUAGCUCUCUUUAAAAGUCUGAUCCCAAAGUAACAUUCAAGAAAAGAAAAAUCGGUGGAGUACGAUCACCGAGACCAGACUCUCCUUCCCUCCGUCGUGUCAGCCUUGAAAUGCUGACCCUCUAUUCACAGCUUUGGUAGGGUUGUCCUGGCCUUAGGCGUUUUUGCCUUCUUGGACCUCUUCCAUGAAAAAUUUAAAAAUUAAUGCAUUACAAGUGCAUUUAUAUAAAAUUAAUAUUAUAUGUAACAUAUAAUCUACAGUCCUUCAAUCUAAAAGUUCAUUUUUUCUUCUGAAUUAAAAGAAAUUAAACCUUUUCCAUGGGCCUCUAGAACCGUUGUGGGCCUGAGCUGUGGUGCCUCUAGCUAAGCUGGUCUUGACUCUGUUCUGUGGGGUGUUGUUGGGGAGACUGCUCUCUGCCCUGUGCAGCUGCCUCCCGAGUUCCGGAGCCCUGCCUCCCCAGCCGAGAGACUUCGUCCUUUCAGACCUGACUCAGGAGUAUUGCUCAGGGCCAUUCAUCCUCAGAAAAAAAGGAGACGGGUUAGUUUUAGUUUUCAGGUAGAUAUUUUUGAUCUGAUUCUUAAUGUAUAGUUUUGAUACUCAUGCCACAUCUCCCACCUUUUCUUCACCCCACCCCUCCACUUCUCACCUCUCAGCAUGUAGGUACAGGAGCGCUCAUUCUGUCCUUUGCUGAGAGCAGGGCCUGGAGAGUAGAGAUGGACAGACCCGUUCGCAUUUCCCGGGAGCUGAUUAGUGCUGCCCCAGCCUGCUCUGCAUGACUCCUCCCCUGCACGAGUUGGGGGAGGUCUGACGGGCGGCCUGUGCGCAGGGCAAGAGCCUCCGCAGCUGGCUGGGCAGCCGAGGAGACUGGCCUCAGCAUGCCGCCCGAGCAGGCCUCCUGCUCUUCGGUUACCUCUUCUGUUGCUGGUCCUGACGAGGUGACCCGGAGGACCGGAUAGUCAGGAUGCCCUAGGAUCGAUGCUUUGUCCUGUGCUUACAAAGAGCCAUGUGACACCGGCUACCUAUCGUCAAGUCAGCAACAGGCUUCAGUUGAUGGAUUUCUCAGUAGAAAUUAAGUCAAAGUACCCAAAUUUUAUAUUUUUUUUCACUUACAGUCUUCUCUAGCAAUCGCUAGAGACUAAAUCUGGAGUCACACAUUACGACAUUUAGGAAAACAUUUCAUCCAAGCACAAAUAGAAAAAGCACAUCGUUUUUAUCAUCAUCUGCUCCAUCAGGAUUAAUACAAAAUUUAACAAAUUUGAUCUGCAUCUCCAGUUUUCCCGUAGUUUACUAUUUCCCUUACCAUAAUUAAUUAAUACCAUAUUUUGCAAUACUUCCAGAAAAUCGCUGUGGAGAAUAAUGUGAUCCCUUUAGCUUAAUUGCUGAUCUUUUCUUAAAUGGUUUUUAUAUGUGCUGUUCCCCCAGACUGUUUUCUCUUUUAUUUUUUUAUUUAACCUGUAAUUUGUACUUUCUGAAUCUAUCUUUUAAGCCCCCUUAAAUCUUUUCUGCAACAAGGCAGAGAACAAAUAUGUUUAUCCCCCUAAAUCAGGAGAAAAUCAAAAUAUCCCAGAGAAGCUGUGGGUAGGCCGGGUACAGUGUGCCCACCUACAUUUGAGAAGGUGAAACUAGCUCAUAAUACCUGGGUUGUUUUUAUUUUCUUCCUUUGGAUAUAUUUAUGAAUGUAUUCCUAACUUUAAUUUCAGGGAAAAAUGCCUGCUUUGCGAUUUUUAAGGUUUCCGAGAGGAGUUUCUUAGGAGUCAGGAAGUAUGUUAAAUAGAAUUUCGUAGUUUGUAUCCUGUUUCAUAGGUCACCACAGAUCAUUUGUUUCAAGUAUGAAUUAUAAAAGAGUAUUUAGGUUCUAGAAUGGUUUGAAUAGAUUGGUCGUCUGUCUUUAAAUUUGCUGAUUUAACGUGAACUGUGUGUGAGUUUAGUGUGUUUACUGAUAAAGCUCUUGCUCUUGUUCUCCCCAAAUGAGAUCAGUGUUUAUGGAUCUCUUUUAUUUGAACUUUGGAAUGUUCUGUAAUAAAAUAUAAUGAUUUAAACUAUUUUGUACAUUUAAAUAUGCCAUGUUGUCUAUAUCUACAUUAAAAAAUAUUGUAAAUACUUGUGUACAAUCAUGAAAGCUUUUCCUCAAAAUGAUUGAACUCUCCUCCCUGUCCUAAACUGUGACAUAAUAUAAAAUAUCUGAUUUUAAGCUUUGGGAUUUUAUCUUGUGGUAAAAAUUAAAGGAAAACAUUCUGAAGAUUCUGUAUAAAUAAAAUUUUGAAAAUAAAGUGGUAAAUCAUU